AUGGGGGCAUCGCAGAGGACACGUCCCUUUCGGACUUUUCGACAUGGCAUCUCGAGCUCGCUGUUACCGAGUCGCCACUGGGAUGCAGCCCCGCGACAGACUUCCAGCCGAGCUGUCAGCUCCUCGGCUGCCCCAGUCACCAGCAACAUCGAUGGGAGCAUCGCGCCCGCGCCAGAACCAACUCCAAUUCGCUCUAGUCGGCUCAAGGAGACCAAGCCCUUUUCCGACUUCCUGACGGACACUCUCCACCGUCAGCACGACUAUCUCAGGAUCUCCGUCACGGAGCGCUGUAACCUACGAUGCGUCUACUGCAUGCCCGAAGAGGGUGUGCCCCUCUCACCAAACGAGCACUUGCUGACGACACCUGAGAUCUUCAUGCUCUCGUCCGUCUUUGUGCACCAAGGCGUCACCAAGAUUCGGUUGACGGGGGGCGAGCCUACCGUGCGGCGGGACAUAGUGCCCCUGAUGCAACAGCUCGGUACCCUGAGACCCCAUGGCCUGAAGGAGAUCUGCCUGACCACGAAUGGGAUAUCACUCCAUCGGAAGCUGGACAGUAUGGUCGAGGCGGGCUUGACGGGCGUGAACCUCAGUCUGGAUACCCUCGACCCCUUUCAGUUCCAAAUCAUGACCCGCCGCAAAGGGUUCGCGGCGGUGCAGAAGAGCAUCGACCGUAUCCUGGAGAUGAAUCGACUGGGGGCCGGGAUCAGGCUCAAGAUCAACUGCGUCGUCAUGCGGGGCGUGAACGACCGCGAGAUACUGCCCUUUGUCGAGAUGACGCGCGAAAAGGACGUCGAGGUCCGCUUCAUCGAGUACAUGCCCUUUGACGGGAACAAGUGGAGCAAGAAGAAGAUGUACAGCUACGGCGAGAUGCUGGAUCUGAUCCGCGAGCACUACCCCGGCCUGGACAAGGUACGCGACCACAAGAACGACACGAGCAAGACGUGGCAGGUCCCGGGCCACGUCGGUCGGCUGGGCUUCAUCACGAGCAUGACGCAUAAUUUCUGCGGCACCUGCAACCGCCUCCGCAUCACCAGCGACGGGAACCUCAAGGUCUGCCUAUUUGGGAACGCAGAGGUGUCGCUGCGCGACAUUCUACGGCGAGCCAACGGCGGUAGUCCCAUCGACGAGCAAGCCUACGAAGCCAUGAAGCAGAUUGAGAUGGACAGGCGGCAGGGCUUGGUACCGCAUGAGCAAGCUUUGGGGAUCGCACCGGCGGAGGCUGAGCUGUUGCACGUCAUUGGCAUGGCUGUCAAGCGGAAGAAAGCCAAGCAUGCUGGCAUGGGCGAGCUGGAGCACAUGAAAAAUAGGCCCAUGAUCUUGAUAGGUGGGACCUGCUCGGCUCGCCAUCCUCAGCAACAGCAGCAGCAUCGAUUCUUCGCAGCGGCCCCUCGCGUCCGCAAAGACGACGACGAGAAGCCCCGGCUGACGCACGUCAACCCGUCCGGCGCCGCGCACAUGGUCUCCAUCUCGUCGAAGCAGCCGACCAGCCGGACGGCCGUGGCAGCGUGUGCCGUGCACUUUUCCAAGCCCACCGUGCUGCCCCUCAUCGGCGCCAACAGCCUCACCAAGGGCGACGUGCUCUCCGUGGCACGCAUAGCCGGCAUCAUGGCCGCCAAGCGCACGCCGGAUCUCAUCCCGCUGUGUCAUCCCAUUCCCAUCUCGCACGUCUCUGUCGAUCUGGAACUGCGGCCUGGCGAGGACGAGGACCAGGAGAAGAAGGACAGGGUGGAGAUCCGGGCGACGGUGUCCUGCGAUGGUAAGACGGGGGUCGAGAUGGAGGCGCUGACGGCCGCGAGCACGGCGGCCUUGACUGUGUACGAUAUGUGCAAGGCGGUGGAUAAGGGGAUGCGCGUGGAGGGCUUGAGGGUCGUCCUCAAGGAAGGGGGGAAGAGCGGACGAUGGGAGAUGGAAUGA